AUGCUUGAACUCGAUGUCAAAAGGCCUGAUAAGAAAAAGAAGGAAAUGGAAGAGAAAGAAAAACCUUCUGUAGUGAAGAUUCCUCUAGGUGCACCUCCGCCCUAUGUGGAGGGAAAAGCUGGUGCUACUGGAGUCCAAGAUAUAAAAGCACUAACUCAGCAAGAGUCUAGCGCAGUCACCGCAACGGUCGGAAGCACAAUUUCCGGAGUGGGCAGUACGUCUUUGCCCAUAUCAGCUACUCAGCAAACGUCUGCCAGUCAAGAUCGAAAUGUGCUUCCGUCGGCGGCGUCUUCUUCUCAGCCUCCUCUACUUGACCAGCUCAAGACCGCCAUUUUAUCCGCUUCGCCACGUCGCGCACGUCCUGCAGUGGGUUCAAGCGCGGGCCAACCAUCACUACCUGUGCCGGCUCAGCCACCCACUCGCACUGUUCUUCCAAUGGCACAAUCUCCGAGAAGAGGCAGGAGGAGGACGGCGACUUCACCAAGAAGAUCUCAGCAAAUGGGUUCUGGAGCAAGCGAUCAGGCAAGCUCUACUUUCGUUUUACUAAGACCGUGUCAUCUCCGCUGA